GCGGUGUGAAUGGCUAAAUAAAAACUGGAUCAAGAAAUUAUAUUUCCCCCAAAACCUCACCUUUGCCAUGGCUGUCUAUUCUUAGCUCGAGCAUCAAACCUGGAAAUACGGAUACGGAUUCAUUCCUUUCGGCAUAUCCUUUCACAUGCAGAUCCUCUACAAUUAUAGCCCCGGCAACAACGUGGUGGAUAUACUGAAUCCUGAGUACAACGAUUUCGAUGGCCCGCCACCGUCAAAGAAGAUGAUAAUUGGCUCCUGCUCGAUGUUUGUGAUCUUCUCAUACCUGAAGCUGCUUUACAUACUCGUGGCCAUCUACCUGGCCCUCCAUCACGCUCACCACUAACGGCCCC